AUGGGAAAAGCCAAGCAGACAAGAAAGUUCGCGGCGGUCAAGCGCAUGAUCAAGCCGAGUGAUCCACGAUUGAAGGAGAACAUCGAGAAGGCGGCCAAGAAGGCGCUGAAGGAGAAGCAGGCCGAGGAAAAGAGGCGCGAGGCGCAGUCGCAGGUCUCCUCCUCUCUCUUCCUGUCGCACAACACGGAUCUCGGACCGCCAUACCGCGUGCUCGUCGAUACCAACUUUAUCAACUUCAGCAUCCAGAACAAGAUCGAGCUCGUCCAGGGCAUGAUGGACUGCCUCAUGGCCAAGUGCAUCCCGACUAUUUCGGAUUGUGUCCUUGCAGAGCUCGAGAAGCUCGGACCAAAGUACCGCCUCGCGCUCAAGAUUGCAAAGGACCCCCGCUUCGAGCGUGUGCACUGCGACCACUCCGGCACGUAUGCAGACGACUGCAUCGUGCAGCGUGUCAUGGCGCACAAGUGCUACAUCGUCGCUACGUGUGAUCGCGACCUCCGAAGGCGUAUCCGAAAGGUGCCCGGCGUGCCGCUCAUGUACGUCGUCAAGCACAAGUAUCAGAUCGAGCGCCUGCCCGACGGAGGCGCCAGCUUCAACUAG